GGCUGGGCUCCUCAGUUGUGCCGAGGCAGUGACGGCGUGGCGUCGCGUGGCGUUGCAAGUGAUUGUGUGGUAGUGCGGUAGGCAGGCGUGCGUAGCGGUCAAGCGCAGGUGCUCGUCGCCAACCCCAAGAUGCGCGUCAACGUGUUGCUGCUGGUGGCGCUGGGCGCAUGCUGUGCCGCCCACGACGCCGAGGAGGGCAUGCCCUUCUUGGACAUGGCCAAGCAGAUGCUGCAGGACUCCAUGGACGGCGGCGAGGGGGGCACCGGUGGCGGCGCGCAGGUCCUCGCGGGAGUCGGCGGCCUCCUCCAGAGCUUGUCCGACGGCGGCCAGCUCGGCGACAUGCUGGCUGCCGGCAAAGCGGGGGGCAUGGCCGAAAUCCUCUCGGGCGUGGGUUCCAUGCUGGGAGGCGGUAGGGGUGGCGCCGGCGGGCUGGACCCGGCCAUCAUCGGCCACAUGAUGGACAUCUUCACCAAGUCCGGCGACGAUGAGGCCGCGGACAACGACGUGGACGUCAACAACAACGAUGUCGGCGGCAAGCAGCAGGAUGGCUCCAUGGACUGGGGCGCGCUCAUGGGAGUGGCGUCGUCCGUGCUCGGCGGCCAGGGCGGCGGCCAGGCCGGGGAAGGCCUGCUGAACGCCCUGCCGCUGCUGAUGCAGGGCCUCGGCGCGGCGGGCCACAGCCACCACGAGGACGACGUCAUCACGGACGGCCACCAGGGCCACCACGUGCACAGCCACAAGUCCACGCUGCUGCCACCCUUCCUGGACAAGCUGUACGACAUGUGGGAGCACUUCUCCGAGUCGGAGCUGGGCCGCACGCUCUGGGCCAACUCCGGGCUCGGCGCUCUGCUCAAGCUGUUCACGGACCCCGAGACGGGCCGCUUCCAGACCGAGCGCAUCUUCGCGUCGCUGGAGAACGCGUCCUUCCGUCGCCGCUGGAUUAAGUCGCUGUCCAGCUUCGUGGCCGAGUGGGUGAAGCGCGUCGCGGACCCGGCCACUCAAGCCAGGUACAUGACGACGGCCCAGUUUGUCGGCAACAGCUUCCUCAAGGCUCAGGGCUACCCCAAAGCCACCCACUUCGACCCCAGUCGCCCCGCCGAGUCGCUGUCGCUGCUCGCCAACGCCGUCUUCAAGAGGCACUUUGGCCUCAAAGUGAACGCUGCUACCUACAUCAAGCCCGCCGUCGCCUACGUUCAGGAGGUGCUGAGGCUGGGCCAGAGUAAGGGUAUGAGCAUCGUAGCCCUGUCUUCCGCCGACAUCGAGAACAAGCUCUCCGACACUCUCAACGGCGAGGUGGUGGAGCCCGUGCUGCGCGUGUACAGGGCCUACCGGUACUCGACGAAGGUGCCCCAGUGCGGCGCCUACGUGUUGUGCGUCGUGAACCAGCACGACCAGCCCGGCAAGGGGGCCGGCAUCAAGCCGGGCGUCACCAAACUCUCAAGCAUGGUCGCUGCAUGGUUCAUGUCUGGCAACAAUGAGACGCCUUUCUGGAAACUGUACAAUGCAGCAGUAGAAGACCACAACUGCUCGGCGAAAUACCACCCCAAGGAAUCGUGCGCGGAAUUCCACGAAGAGGAUAUAAGGGCAACGACAGAGUACUCACACAACGAGCUUUAAAACGAGUGCGUCUUGGUCUUGCGACGGAAUCAAAGACUGUUUAAUUUAUGGGACCUUACUGUCAGAAUGAGACGCUUCAAUGCAUCAGGAUCUAUUCAAUUAAAAAUUCGUAUCAGUGGCAAGGAAUCCUUUGCUUACACAAGGCUCUCUUCAGCCGAGUUCAGGUGAAUGAUCCUAAUUGACACUGCUCUAGUACAUGGAGCGUUCCAAAAUGCCCCAGUUUACUUUGUACAUAACUGUUUAACCAAAAUUCUCAGGUUUUGGAUAUAGACAUAAGGCAAGAAGCAAGUUUAAGUGGUCUUGAACACUGUGCUAACUUACCGACAACUGUGAUUUUAAUAGGAAUGUCAAUGUUGAAGAACUAGAUUGUGUACAUUAUAUAAAUAAACUUUUGUGAAAAUAA